CAGAAAUGGGGCGCUCCAUUUUCUCUCACUUCCUAAUCCUCUCCAACACUCCUCCGCGCUCCAUCGUCUCACUGCCGCGCGGUGCGCGUCUCGGAAAAUGCUUGAGCAGAGCUGGUGGAAUCUACGAGCCGCGGCGGCUGAGGAUCGGCGAGAGUCUGCGCUGCCUCUGCAGCCUCGCAGUGUCGGAGCCUUCGACUUCGCAGACUUCGUCUAGCUCAGUGAAGAAGAGAAUAGUCUCCGGCGUUCAGCCCACAGGAUCCAUACAUCUUGGUAACUAUCUCGGAGCCAUAAAAAAUUGGAUUGACUUGCAGAAUACAUACGAGACACUCUUCUUCAUCGUGGACCUCCAUGCGAUAACUUUGCCAUAUGAAGCACACAAAUUAUCUAAGGCUACCAAAGAUACUGCAGCUCUUUAUUUAGCAUGUGGUGUGGAUCCUUCCAAGGCAUCAGUCUUUGUGCAGUCUCAUGUGCGUGCUCAUGUGGAAUUGAUGUGGUUACUGAGUUCGGCCACCCCAAUUGGUUGGCUGAAUAGAAUGAUUCAAUUCAAAGAAAAAUCGCAGAAGGAGGGGAAUGAAAAUGUUGGGGUCGCCCUUCUGACAUAUCCAGUGCUGAUGGCCUCAGAUAUACUGUUGUAUCAAUCUGAUCUUGUUCCAGUUGGUGAGGAUCAGAAACAACACCUCGAGCUGACACGAGAAAUAGCUGAACGAGUUAAUUAUCUAUAUGGAGGGAGGAAGUGGAAAAAGCUAGGAGGGAGAGGUGGUGCUAUUUUUAAGGUUCCUGAAGCCCUUAUUCCACCUACUGGAGCUCGUGUUAUGUCCCUCACUGAUGGUCUUUCUAAGAUGUCAAAAUCUGCUCCGUCUGAUCAAUCACGAAUCAAUCUGCUUGAUUCAAAAGAUGCAAUUGCAAACAAAAUAAAACGAUGCAAGACGGACUCAUUUACUUGGCUGGAAUUUGAUAAUCCUGAGAGGCCUGAAUGUAACAACCUUCUUUCAGUAUAUCAGCUUAUUACCGGCAAGAGCAAACAGGAGGUUCUGGAAGAGUGCAAAGAUAUGAAUUGGGGGUCAUUCAAACCCCUUCUCACUGAUGCCUUAAUUGAUCAUCUUCAUCCAAUCCAGGAACGUUACGCAGAAAUAACAUCGGAUCCCUCUUACUUGGACGGAGUUUUGGCUGACGGUGCUAGUAAAGCUGCAUCCAUAGCAGAUGCUACCGUCAGUAACGUUUACCAGGCAAUGGGAUUUUUACGGAGAUGAUGAAAAUCAACUCUCUGAGAUAAUGCGAGCGGAAAUGUCAUUCAGGUGGCUUCUCCAAACAACUGAAUAAACUCGAAUAGGUUUUGCUAUUUAUUUUUUACUUAUUAUUAGUACUCGUUCGAGGUGGGUGCAUUUGUUUCUAGCAGCUGGAUUGUUUGGUCAAAUAUCAUAUCUGAUUUUUUGAAGUGAUUCAUAUACAUGUAUUUCUCGUCUAACUUAUUGAUUCAAUCACAUAUAUUUGCAAUUAUCUUCUUA